AUGUUGCAGUAUGCCAGGGUUUGGAUCCCUGAUCCAGAGGAGGUCUGGAAGUCAGCAGAACUUCUCAAAGAUUACAAACCCGGAGACAAGGUUCUCCAGCUUCGACUUGAGGAGGGCAAGGACUUGGAAUAUUGCCUAGAUCCAAAGACCAAGGAACUCCCUCCCUUGCGGAACCCUGACAUCCUUGUUGGUGAAAAUGACCUCACAGCUCUGAGUUAUCUCCACGAACCUGCUGUUCUCCACAACCUCAAAGUUCGAUUUAUCGACUCCAAACUCAUUUACACCUAUUGUGGUAUUGUCUUAGUGGCCAUAAAUCCUUAUGAGCAACUGCCCAUCUAUGGCGAAGACAUCAUCAAUGCCUACAGUGGCCAGAAUAUGGGGGAUAUGGAUCCGCAUAUCUUUGCGGUGGCUGAAGAGGCAUAUAAACAGAUGGCCAGAGAUGAGCGGAACCAGUCGAUCAUCGUAAGCGGCGAAUCCGGGGCAGGAAAGACGGUCUCUGCCAAGUAUGCCAUGAGGUACUUCGCCACGGUGAGCGGAUCUGCCAGYGAAGCCAAUGUCGAGGAGAAAGUCUUGGCUUCCAACCCCAUCAUGGAGUCUAUUGGAAAUGCCAAAACCACAAGGAAUGACAACAGUAGUCGCUUUGGGAAAUACAUUGAAAUUGGUUUUGAUAAGAGAUACCGAAUUAUUGGUGCUAACAUGAGAACUUACCUCCUGGAAAAAUCAAGAGUGGUGUUUCAGGCAGAAGAGGAGAGAAAUUACCACAUCUUCUACCAGCUCUGUGCCUCUGCAGCAUUACCUGAAUUUAAAACUCUACGAUUAGGGAAUGCAAAUUAUUUUCACUAUACGAAGCAAGGUGGAAGCCCCGUGAUUGAUGGUGUUGAUGAUGCUAAGGAAAUGGUAAACACCAGGCAGGCCUGCACUUUGCUAGGGAUCAGUGAUUCCUACCAGAUGGGAAUUUUUCGAAUCCUUGCUGGUAUCCUUCACCUGGGAAACGUGGAGUUUGCUUCUCGGGAUGCUGACAGCUGCACUAUUCCUCCCAAACACGAACCCCUCACCAUCUUCUGUGACCUCAUGGGUGUGGAGUACGAAGAGAUGGCCCACUGGCUUUGCCAUCGGAAGCUCGCCACCGCCACUGAAACCUACAUCAAGCCCAUUUCUAAGCUGCACGCCAUCAAUGCCAGGGAUGCCCUUGCCAAACACAUCUACGCCAAUCUUUUUAACUGGAUUGUAGAUCAUGUGAACAAAGCCCUUCAUUCUGCUGUAAAACAGCAUUCGUUCAUUGGAGUGUUGGACAUUUAUGGAUUUGAAACAUUUGAGAUCAACAGCUUUGAGCAGUUCUGUAUCAACUAUGCCAAUGAAAAACUGCAGCAACAGUUCAAUAUGCAUGUCUUUAAGUUGGAACAGGAAGAAUAUAUGAAGGAACAAAUACCRUGGACCUUGAUUGAUUUCUAUGACAAUCAGCCUUGCAUUAACCUCAUAGAGGCCAAAAUGGGAAUUCUGGAUCUACUAGAUGAGGAGUGUAAGAUGCCAAAAGGCUCAGAUGACACUUGGGCCCAAAAACUGUACAAUACUCACUUGAAUAAAUGUGCCCUCUUUGAAAAACCACGUCUGUCAAAUAAGGCUUUUAUCAUCCAACACUUUGCUGACAAGGUGGAAUAUCAAUGUGAAGGCUUUUUGGAAAAGAAUAAGGACACUGUUUAUGAAGAACAAAUUAAGGUCCUAAAAUCAAGUAAGUUUAAGCUGCUACCAGAGUUAUUCCAGGAGGAGGAGAAGGUCCUCAGUCCUACGUCUGCGACCCCUUCGGGCCGUGUGCCCUUGUCUCGGACUGUUGUAAAACCAGCUAAGACCAGACCAGGUCAAACCAGCAAGGAACAUAAAAAAACUGUGGGACAUCAGUUUCGAAACUCGCUUCAUCUGCUGAUGGAGACCCUCAAUGCUACAACUCCCCACUACGUGCGUUGUAUUAAGCCGAAUGACUUCAAGUUUCCAUUCACAUUUGAUGAAAAACGGGCAGUACAGCAGCUUAGGGCUUGCGGUGUCCUGGAAACCAUCCGAAUCAGUGCCGCUGGCUUCCCCUCAAGGUGGACAUACCAAGAGUUCUUCAGUCGKUACCGUGUUCUGAUGAAGCAGAGAGACGUCCUUAGUGACAGAAAACAGACAUGUAAAAAUGUCCUGGAGAAGCUCAUUCUGGACAAGGAUAAGUACCAGUUUGGCAAGACAAAAAUAUUUUUCCGGGCUGGUCAGGUAGCCUAUCUAGAAAAAAUAAGGGCAGAUAAGUUGCGAGCUGCCUGUAUCCGCAUCCAAAAGACGAUCCGGGGCUGGCUGAUGCGGAAGAAGUACAUGCGUCUGAGGAAGGCUGCCAUCACCAUUCAGAGAUAUGUCAGAGGGUACCAGGCACGAUGCUAUGCCAAGUUCCUGCGGAGGACACGGGCUGCYAUCACUAUUCAGAAGUUCCAGCGCAUGUACGUGGUCCGCAAAAGAUACCAGUGCAUGCGGGCUGCCACUAUUGCUCUUCAGUCCCUCUUAAGAGGCUACAUGGCCAGGAACAAAUACCAAAUGAUGCUUCGGGAGCACAAGUCUGUUGUUAUUCAGAAGCAUGUCAGAGGCUGGCUGGCUCRAGUGCGUUACCAGAGGACCCUGAAGGCAAUUGUUUACUUGCAAUGCUGUUACCGGCGCAUGAUGGCCAAGAGGGAGCUGAAGAAACUGAAGAUAGAGGCCAGAUCUGUGGAGCGCUACAAGAAGCUUCACAUUGGCUUGGAGAACAAGAUCAUGCAGCUGCAGCGAAAAAUUGAUGAUCAGAACAAAGAGUACAAAUCUCUGCUGGAGAAGAUGGGUAGCCUGGAGAUCACCUACAAUACGGAGACAGAGAGGCUGCGGAGCGACGUGGAGCGGCUUCGGACGAGYGAGGAGGAGGCCAAGAAUGCCACGAACCGCGUGCUCAGUCUUCAGGAAGAGAUCGCCAAGCUCCGCAAGGAGCUGCACCAGACUCAGACUGAGAAGAAGACAAUCGAGGAGUGGGCAGACAAAUACAAACAUGAAACUGAGCAGCUUGUAUCGGACCUGAAAGAGCAGAACACGUUACUGAAAACCGAAAAGGAGGAGCUGAACCGUCGCAUCCAUGACCAGGCAAGGGAGAUAACAGAAACGAUGGAGAAGAAGCUCGUGGAGGAAACAAAGCAGCUGGAGCUAGAUCUGAAUGAUGAAAGGCUACGGUAUCAGAACCUGCUGAAUGAGUUCAGCCGCUUAGAAGAGCGUUAUGAUGAUCUUAGGGAUGAAAUGAACUUAAUGGUGAACAUCCCCAAGCCUGGACACAAAAGAACAGAUUCGACUCACAGUAGCAAUGAAUCCGAGUAUACUUUCAGCUCUGAGAUCACAGAGGCAGAAGACUUACCACUGAGGAUGGAGGAACCAAGUGAGAAAAAGGCACCACUGGAUAUGUCUCUGUUCCUCAAGCUGCAGAAACGGGUUACAGAGCUGGAGCAAGAAAAGCAAUCCCUGCAGGAUGAACUGGACAGAAAGGAAGAACAGGCUCUACGCGCUAAAGCUAAGGAGGAAGAAAGGCCCCCGAUAAGAGGUGCAGAGUUGGAAUAUGAGUCGCUCAAGCGUCAAGAACUGGAAUCUGAGAAUAAAAAACUGAAGAAUGAGUUGAAUGAGCUGCAGAAGGCCCUUACAGAAACACGGUCUCCAGAGGUAACUGCUCCGGGUGCCCCUGCCUACAGGGUCCUGCUGGAUCAGCUGACUUCAGUGAGUGAAGAGCUUGAAGUGCGCAAGGAGGAAGUCCUCAUACUCCGGUCUCAGCUGGUUAGCCAGAAAGAAGCUAUUCAACCUAAGGAGGAUAAGAAUACCAUGACAGAUGCCACAAUCCUCUUGGAGGAUGUGCAAAAGAUGAAGGACAAAGGAGAAAUAGCACAGGCCUACAUUGGAUUGAAGGAAACAAACAGACAAUCUCCCCAGGACUGUCAUAUGCUGAAUGAGGACGGAGAACUUUGGCUGGUUUAUGAAGGGUUAAAACAAGCCAACAGGCUGCUGGAGUCUCAGCUUCAGUCGCAGAAGAAGAGCCACGAGAAUGAACUGGAGUCGCUGCGAGGGGAGAUCCAGAGUCUGAAGGAAGAAAACAACCGCCAGCAGCAGCUCCUGGCRCAGAACCUGCAGCUGCCCCCAGAGGCCCGGAUCGAAGCCAGUCUGCAGCAUGAGAUCACCCGGCUGACUAAUGAAAACCUGGAUUUAAUGGAACAACUUGAAAAGCAAGACAAAACUGUUCGCAAGCUGAAGAAACAGUUGAAAGUAUUUGCUAAGAAGAUUGGUGAACUUGAAGUGGGCCAGAUGGAGAACAUAUCACCUGGACAAAUCAUUGACGAACCUAUUCGUCCAGUUAACAUUCCACGGAAGGAAAAGGACUUCCAAGGGAUGUUAGAAUAUAAGAAGGAGGAUGAACAAAAACUUGUCAAGAAUCUUAUUUUAGAGCUGAAACCCCGUGGUGURGCUGUCAACCUGAUUCCAGGAUUACCAGCAUAUAUUUUGUUCAUGUGUGUACGCCACGCAGAUUACCUCAAUGAUGACCAAAAAGUGAGGUCACUGUUGACAUCUACUAUCAACGGCAUCAAGAAAGUGUUAAAGAAAAGAGGUGAUGACUUUGAAACUGUGUCAUUCUGGCUGUCUAACACCUGCCGAUUUUUGCACUGUUUGAAGCAAUACAGUGGAGAAGAGGGAUUCAUGAAGCACAAUACACCUCGUCAGAAUGAACACUGCCUCACUAAUUUUGACUUAGCUGAAUACAGACAAGUACUGAGUGACUUGGCUAUUCAGAUCUACCAACAACUUGUCAGAGUGUUGGAAAAUGUUUUGCAACCAAUGAUAGUUUCAGGAAUGCUGGAGCAUGAAACUAUCCAGGGUGUCUCAGGGGUGAAGCCAACCGGGCUGCGGAAGAGAACGUCGAGCAUUGCUGAUGAAGGGACCUACACUUUGGACUCUAUAAUUCGACAGCUGAAUUCUUUCCAUUCGGUGAUGUGCCAGCAUGGAAUGGAUCCAGAGCUGAUCAAGCAGGUUAUCAAGCAGAUGUUCUAUAUCAUUGGGGCUGUGACACUUAAUAAUCUCCUCCUGCGUAAGGACAUGUGCUCAUGGAGCAAAGGAAUGCAGAUAAGAUACAAUGUGAGUCAACUUGAAGAAUGGCUACGUGAUAAGAAUUUGAUGAAUAGUGGGGCUAAAGAAACACUGGAACCUCUCAUUCAGGCUGCACAGCUGUUGCAAGUGAAAAAGAAAACAGAUGAAGAUGCAGAAGCCAUUUGUUCAAUGUGCAAUGCUUUGACUACUGCCCAGAUUGUAAAAGUUCUGAAUUUGUAUACUCCUGUUAAUGAGUUUGAAGAAAGAGUCUUGGUAUCAUUUAUACGUACAAUACAGAUGCGUUUGAGAGACAGGAAGGACUCUCCUCAAUUGCUCAUGGAUGCUAAGCACAUCUUUCCUGUUACUUUUCCAUUUAAUCCAUCCUCUCUAGCAUUAGAAACCAUUCAGAUUCCAGCCAGCUUGGGCCUGGGCUUCAUCUCACGUGUCUGAUCCCAGGGAUUUGCUAUGAGUGAUGGAUAGCACCUCAGUUGCUCAGCAUCUUUAUCCAUUAAAACAUAGUGAGCCAUUGAAAAUAAUUUUUUCUGACAAACAGUAUGUAUUUGCCUGCAUCUGUAGUAAAAGUAGCUGGGAAACUACAAAACAGCACCACAAAUAGAAGGCUAAUAGAAAUAUUAGCGUUUGUGUAAAGYCACUACAUUUAUGAAGACUCAAACAUUUUUGGAGUGUGGAAAUAGGGAUUGGGCAAAAGUUGUGUCCUUAUCUGUCUAGAGACAUUUUUAGAUCUUUAGUAACAUAUUUAAAUAGUGUAAAUUAAACUCCAUGUGUAAUUGUCUUGUAGGCAGGGACCAAUAAAGGACAUGAUUGUCCUGAACUGGAAGACUUAAAAGUAAGGCAUUUUGUAGUAGAAUACACAGUCAUUUGGGAGCCUGUUACAUUUAAUUUGUAAAAAAAAUGAGACAGAGAAACAAAAACUGGCAAUAUAUAAAAUAAUUUAUUAAACCACUUCCUUAUUUAUGUCAGUUUGACAUAAAUUAUAGUGAUAAGUCUUAUAGCUUACUACAUGGUAUAACCUAGGUGAUUGUUUGUUAGUACUGUGGUUUACCAAGCAUAUUAAAUCGCUGCUGCAUAUUGUGUUCUUUUUAAUGUAUGACAGUAUCAUAUUAGGCACUAAAAACGAGAUGUCACUUUUUGUUGUCAACCUUGUUUACAGUUCAACUCYGUCUCUUACUUUAACUGGAUCUUUACAAAUGUUAUCAAAUAUCACCUCUAAAGGAAAAAUGGUAACUAAGCACAAGUAGCACACUGGAAGUUACAUGUUUAGGGUUUUGUCAUUGUUGUUUUUGUUUUUUUCUUUUAAGUGGUUACCUAAAAAUACAGUAUGCUGAAGCAAAUGAUCAAAAGUCAAUCAUGAUGCUAGUAUUUGUUUAAAUUUUGCAUUUUUUUCCARGGUUUUUCUUGGUUUGUGGACCCCUGAGAUAGCAGUCUGUAUUUUUAAUAUCAUCUGUUUUGUUUUGUUGCCACUUUAUAAAAUGUAUUCCUUCAUGCUGGUAUUUAGAGGAAAAAAAAAGGAAGGUACAAAAUUUCUGCAGUAACCCAAAUCUUAUGUUCUUUGAAAUGCUGGCUAAGAAAAAUAUUCUCAAGUAAGUUUUGGCUAUGAUGCUAUCAUUUGACUAUUGUUCAUGCUGAUAAAAUAUUUUAAAACCCAGAGUGCAUAAUCAAAAACUCUGUUAUUUUGGUGAUUGCACAUCUUACCAUAAAGAUUUUUCCCUCUUGCAUGCCUUAGAACUGUUAUGUAGAAUUCACAUUUCAAAAUGUGCAACAAUAAAGUCAGAGGCCUUGUUUAAGGUUCCGAUUCUGAACUUUGAAACAUAUAGUUUGUAGUGUAUGGCUCAAAUAUACAUGUAAAAGUCACAUACAUUACUUAGUUGCAGAGCGCAAUAUUUUCAAUGUAUUCUAAAAACUAGCAAUUGAACAUUAAUUUCUUUUAAAAUAUAAAGAAAUAAUCUAGAGGUACUUACCAUUUUGCCUGCAAAAUUUUUGCUGUUAAGCAGACCGAAACAUUUCAGUUACUUGAGAGGUAGACAGGCUGUUUGUAUGGUUGCUGAUAAAAUCUGUAACAAAGACGGUUUAAACUUUGUAAGUAAAAUUUUGAAAUGCUUAUGUCAUUUUAUUUUCAAUGUAUAUGCCCCAUAUUGUUUGAUGGACCACAUGGAUACUUUCAAGAACCUACUAUUGCACUGCAUAAAUACUCUGAAUGAGUCUUACUAAAUGAUUGAGAUUAUUUACCUGUGCAUAGCAUAUCAAAAUUUCUUUUUUUUUUUUUUUAUCAGAUAUUACUUUAUUUCUGAAACUACAGCUACUGUAAGUGGCUCCAAAUAAGGUAAAAGGUGGGGCAUAGUGGUUUUUGACUUUUUAGGGUACUGCACUUGUGGGAAUGUAACGAGGAAAGUCUUUACAUCCAGUAGCAAGGUUGGAGGAGAAAAUAUGUGAGAAUAUCCUGACCUACAAAAAUUUUCUCCUAUUAAAAAAAAUGGCAUUACAGUAUGUUUGUACUGUAGAUCAGGAAAAGUAUCCAAUGCUUAAGCAUUAGAGUAUUAAAGCAUAUGCCUAAAUGUAUUUUUGUUUAUUUUUAAAGUUUGUUUACCUGUAAAAAGCCUUAUUGUAUCUUGUUUCCUUAAAAAAUAGUAGUUAGUAAUUUAUAGGUAUUAUCCUUAAACUCAGUGGUUUGACUGGUAUUACUUUUAUAUCACAUUAAAAGUAUAUGCUGCUUGACAUGUUUUAAAGGAAAAUAUUUUUAAGUUGAAAUAAAUGUGUAAUUGGUAAUUCAUCUAAUAUUUUACAUGGCAGUAUUUUACAUGCACUUUUCAGAAAUAAAAUUUUAGUGUCAGUGUAUAAUACAAAGUAUCUUUCACUUUAGGACUAAUAGCUCUUUAACCAUAGAAUCUAAUGCAAAAUUAUUUUAACAUUUUUUCCUUUGAAUCAUGAUUAUGCUCUUUUAAUGUGGACAUAUCUUUUAUAUUUUAAUUUAUUAUCUGUUGCUAUAAUAGAUUCUUUCAGAUGCUGGAAAAUACUUGCCAAUGUCCCCUUAGAAUUAUACAGUUAUUCUAGAGAUUUUGCACAAAAAAAUUACCUCAUUCAGUUUGGUGUAUAUUUAUUCCAGUGAUUAUUUUAUUCUGAUGUUUAGAGCACCAUAUUCUWCACGAAUUUUAACAGAUUGCUUCUCAGACUUUGAUCUGGGAUGAAAUAUGAAAGUGCUUAAGUCCAUUAAAAGUGAUCAACCUAGCCUACCUAUCACAAGAGACAAAUAGCAUCAACACCAGUGUUGAAUAGUGGAUUUAUGUCCAGUAACACCUGUUCCCAACUUGGAAACACCAGCAUUUGCAAUGUGAAAAUAAUACAUGAUUUAAACUGAACAUAUUUCAAAUACCAAACAAAAACUAUCAGUAAAGGGUUUUUUUUUUGUUCUUUUUUUUAAAAAUACUGAUAAUUCAUCUAGUAAAAAGCCUUUAAUCGUAGGUUUUCACUAGAUGCCACUGAAGUACAUAGAUGAAAACCAAAACAUUAUCAGAAUGACCUGAGCGCUGAUCUGUUGUAGUGUCUGAUGUUGUACUUAGUAAAUGUAUGCAUCAUAAAAACUGUAGCCUAAUAGCUAUCACUGGAAAAUGUCAAAAUAAAAAUACAACU